CUUUCCAAGGGAUUUGCCAUUCAGUGACAAGACCUGAGAAAGCCAGAGAAGUCAAUCUUCAAACCAGUUUAUAAGAAAAAGGCUCUUGUGCAUUCUUGACUAUGAGUAGCGAAGUUGGGUCAGGAAGUUCAGAGUCCAAGAAGAGUAAGGUUUAUACUCUCAAGGAAAUAUCAGAACACAACACCCAGGCUUCUACUUGGGUUGUCAUUCAUGACAGCAUAUAUGAUGUGACCAAGUUCCUGGAUGAGCAUCCUGGAGGAGAAGAAGUCCUGCUUGAACAGGGUGGGAAGAUAGCCACUGAGCAGUUUGAAGAUGUUGGACAUUCAAGUGAUGCAAGAGAGCUGAUGAAGCAAUAUAAAAUUGGAGAACUACAUGAGGAUGAUAAGCAGCACACAAAAGAGAAGGGACCUAUCAAGUGGAGUGAUAGUAAUGAAAGGUGA